GUUAGAUAGAAAAAACGUCAUCUUUUUGCCGUGAACGAAUCCCAUUUCUAUAACAACCAUUGAAGCCUUUCCCAUUUCUCUCUCUCUUUUGUUCUUUCACUCACACUCUCCCUUGGGGUUGUUGAAGAUGAGAAUUUGUGGAGCAGGGUGUUUUGAAAAUGAUUAUAAUUUCUAGAUAAGGGUUCUCAUCUUACUCAAACUCUUAGCAGCAGCCAGCAGCGCCUAUAGCACCACGUCCAGCUCCCUGCUAGUGUUUGGUUCUUCUUCCUUCUCCACUCCUGCCAAAACAAAGUUCCUACCCUCACUUUCUAGAUUUUCUGUCAAGCAUUCUUGCUUGUUUUCACCAACCCGUCCCCAUUUUACUGUAACCAAGCCCUCCAUGAACCUUCUGAACAAACUUGGAUUUGGCAGUGGAAGGUCAUCAGAGAGCAUGGAUUCAACCAUUCCUCAGGGACCAGAUGACGAUAUACCAGCACCAGGCCAGCAGUUUGCUCAAUUUGGGGCUGGCUGCUUUUGGGGUGUUGAAUUGGUCUUCCAGAGGGUUCCUGGAGUGAGUAAGACAGAGGUUGGUUACACCCAGGGGCUUUUGCACAAUCCUACUUAUGAGGAUGUGUGUUCAGGGACCACAAACCAUAACGAGGUUGUAAGGGUCCAAUAUGAUCCCAAACAAGGCACCUUCGAAAAUCUGCUUGAUACAUUCUGGUCGAAACACGAUCCUACUACGCCAAAUCGACAGGGGAAUGAUGUGGGAACACAGUACAGAUCUGGAAUAUACUUUUACACUCCUGAACAAGAGAAAAUAGCUAAAGAGUCUUUGGAACAACAAGAGAAGCAAUUGGGCAGGAAGAUUGCUACUGAGAUUCUUCCUGCCAAGAAGUUCUACAGGGCUGAGGAGUACCAUCAACAGUACCUUGAGAAAGGGGGUCGAUUCGGUUUCAAGCAAUCUGCUGCUAAAGGAUGCAAUGACCCAAUUCGGUGCUAUGGUUAAUUGUUGAUAAAACAAAGUGAAUUUAUCCUCAAGGAUCAAUACGACACUGUAUUUGAGCUUGAAAAUGGGCAUAGCCAUGAAUUAGAGUUGUAUACUGUCAUCUAUUAUGUGUAAUUUUGUUGUAAAGUAUUUGUCUUGGCUACUUACAAACCAAAAAAUAAAAGACAAAAUGUCUUUUCAGAAAUUAGCAGAAAUUGUGAACAUUAGUAAUUCUAAAAAUUGUAUGAACCUUCUCACAGAAUCACUCCUCUUGAUGGGUUCAAUUUCUCAAAAGGCUGUUAUGAAA